UGUCUGGGGGGCUGGGGUCCAACGUCACGCUGGUGUGUGGAGCAGCACUAGACAGGACAUCAGUGAAGUGGCGUCUGAACAGGAGUUCCAUGUUACCAUGGCAGCACCGAGUGACAUCAGAUGGUCAGCUGGUCCUCCUGCAGGCUGACCACGCUGCCGAGGGAAACUACAGCUGCCAUGACGACCGGGGACGACUCAUCAGGACAACCAGACUGAGGCUGGGGCAUCCCCCCGGGCUGCUCAAUGUUUCCUGUCGCGUGUCCAAUCACAGCCUGGUAUUGUGUUCAUGGGUGGAGUCUGUGAAGACCCUCCUGCCUGCCCAGUACCACACCUCUUACAGGGGUAAUAAGAGCCAGGUGAGGAUGUGUGUGGUGUCGUCCCCUCCCCAGAAGCAGUGCACCAUCACAGACCCUACCAUGUGGCAGCACUACCACAACAUCAACAUCACCGAGACCAACCCUCUGGGGUCACAGACCACCAUCCUGAUGGUCAAGUUCCAUGAGCUCUUGCAGCCAGACCCCCCAGAGGCAGUAACAGCAGUGGGGAUGGUAGGAUAUCCCAUGAGGCUCCAGGUCUACUGGACCAACCCUGCCUCCUGGCUCCACGACGCUGUGCCCUUCCCCCUCCGCUUCCAGCUCCGCUACCGUCCUGUAGGAUCCAGCAUCUGGUCUAACGUGGAGUCUAAGUCCAGCCCCCUGCUGAUAACUGAUGCCCUAGCAGGCCACGCCCACCAGCUGCAGGUGAGAGCCCAGGACGACAUCAACCCAGACAGCCAGUGGAGUGAGUGGAGCCCCCUACUGCAGGCUUGUCCAUGGAUUGGUAGUACUGCCGAGCCUACUGAAGAAACAUUCCCUGUCGACUACAACGACACGGACGCAGACGCCUCUACAGCCAACACCAAGUCAGAGAGCCCAGAGGAUGAUGGUGGCGGUCUGCUGAUUCUACUGGCCCUGUUCGCUGGUAUCAUCCUGGCCCUGGUGUCCUCUCUAUCGGUCCUCAUGUGGGUGAGGCAACGGAGGCGGGACAAUGUGACAAAACAGGAACUAACCUCAAUGGUGAAGAUGAAGUCCAUGCCAAUCUAAACCUAGGUUGGCCCCUCCUCUCAGCCCUUAUAGGGCCUCUUGUCUCCACCAGGCCACACCCCCAACAGAUGGGUGCAGCAUCCACACAACACGACCCACAAUCCACCAUGCUACCCGCAAGCCAUCUGGGACGUGUGCCGUGCCUGAUCGCUGCCUGCCAACGAACAGAUAUGUUGCAACCAAUGACUGACUCCUCCCACUGGAGUUUAACAUCAUCUGAUUGGCUAUGAGGCUCAACACUACGUACUGUACAGUAUGGAGCACCAACUAACAACAUACCUGUCCUCCUCCCCUGAACUUCACUGACCGAACCAGGUAUAGGUUCUGGUCUCUACCUUUCACAUCAUUUUCCUUUCUGUGUACCUGAUGAUCUCAUGGUCCUUCAUUCAUUUCAACUGUAAGAAGCAUCACAGGGCAUUAUUGUAUAGACCGAUUGGCAUUAUAAACUGUUUUAGACUGUUUAUGAAGAGGGUAUAGAUAGAUAGAUUGGCAUUAUAAACUGUUUUAGACUGUUUAUGAAGAGGGUAUAGAUAGAUAGAUUGGCAUUAUAAACUGUUUUAGACUGUUUAUGAAGAGGGUAUAGAUAGAUAGAUUGGCAUUAUAAACUGUUUUAGACUGUUUAUGAAGAGGGUAUAGAUAGAUAGAUUGGCAUUAUAAACUGUUUUAGACUGUUUAUGAAGAGGGUAUAGAUAGAUAGAUUGGCAUUCUGCAGAAUAGAGACUGCAAUUCAGAGGAGAAGGAACGGACUGCAAACAAGGCUGCUGCUAUUGGUCAUCGGAUGAAAAAGGAGGGAACAGAGUUUUGGCCAUAUCCAUGCUGGCCAAUCACUAGCAGUGUCUGGAUGACGUCAUAACUUCCUGUAUAUCUGCAUAGUUGCGUUAAAUGAGUCAAUGGAACGAAGAUGUUUUAUUGACCAGACUGGAACACAUUCAACAAUCUGAUCUAACAAAAUAGGUUUUCGUCAAAUCUGUCAUGAUUUAUGUAUUGUAACAAAGCCCACAAUGUGGUUACUUACAGACUCCACCAGACUAGACUAGACUCCACCAGACUAGACUCCACCAGACUAGACUCCACCAGACUAGACUAGACUCCACCAGACUAGACUCCACCAGACUAGACUCCACCAGACUAGACUCCACCAGACUAGAGGAGACUAGACUCCACCAGACUAGACUAGACUCCACCAGACUAGACUCCACCAGACUAGACUAGACUCCACCAGACUAGACUCCACCAGACUAGACUAGACUCCACCAGACUAGACUCCACCAGACUAGACUCCACCAGACUAGACUAGACUCCACCAGACUAGACUCCACCAGACUAGACUCCACCAGACUAGACUCCACCAGACUAGAGGAGACUAGACUCCACCAGACUAGAGUAGACUAGACUCCACCAGACUAGAGUAGACUAGACUCCACCAGACUAGAGUAGACUAGACUCCACCAGACUAGAGUAGACUAGACUCCACCAGACUAGAGUAGACUAGACUCCACCAGACUAGACUCCACCAGACUAGAGGAGACUAGACUCCACCAGACUAGAGUAGACUAGACUCCACCAGACUAGAGUAGACUAGACUCCACCAGACUAGAGUAGACUAGACUCCACCAGACUAGAGUAGACUAGACUCCACCAGACUAGAGGAGACUAGACUCCACCAGACUAGACUAGACUCCACCAGACUAGAGUAGACUAGACUCCACCAGACUAGAGGAGACUAGACUCCACCAGACUAGACUAGACUCCACCAGACUAGAGUAGACUAGACUCCACCAGACUAGACUCCACCAGACUAGACUAGACUCCACCAGACUAGAGUAGACCAGACUCGACUCCACCAGACCAGACUAGAGUAAACCAGACUAGAGUAGACCAGACUCGACUCCACCAGACCGGACUAGAGUAGACCAGACUAGAGUAGACCAGACUAGAGUAGACCAGACUCGACUCCACCAGACCGGACUAGAGUAGACCAGACUAGACUAGAGUAAACCAGACUAGACUAGACUCCACCAGACCAGACCAGACUAGACUCUACAGAGUCCCAGCCCUGACAACCUUUACAGUUCAUGACCCCCCAUGGCCAAGACAUCUACAAAGCCCCAGCCCUGACAACCUUUACAGUUCAUGACCCCCCAUGGCCAAGACAUCUACAAAGCCCCAGCCCUGACAACCUUUACAGUUUCAUGACCCCCCAUGGCCAAGACAGAUGAAUAAUAUGGUUACCCUCUCACCGUCACCCAUUAUGAGAGGGAUUUAAACACUUCAGAUACAACCAGCAUGACAUCAGUUCUCGUCCCUCCCAUUUCCCAACAUCCCACAGUGUUAUUCUGCUCUAAAUGACAGUGAUGUUAUUGGUUGGUUCUUCACAUCGCUGUGUCGUCAUGGGAAACACAACGUGCCUUUGCUCAAACUUCCUUUCUGAGAUGAUUUCACAACUGUAAUGUUCUCUCAAGCUAUUACCUAUGCAUGGAUCCUAUUGAAGCUUGGUGUAUGUUGUAUUCUAUAUUAUAUUAACCAACAGAAUGAAAUAGUUCCUAUAUAUUAUGUCUUGUUUUGUUGUUGAGAUCUUUAGCUAAACUGUUAUCUAUGCAGAUCUUUAGCUAAAACUGUUACCUAUGCACCAUUCCCCAGUCAAUGAUAUGAAGCUCAAAUACAGUAUGUACAUAUUUCCCAGUCUGUAUAUUCGUCCCAAAUGGCACCCUGUUCCCGUAGUGCUCUAGUGUUGACCAGGCCCAUGCAGCUCUGGUCAACAGUAGUGUCCUCUAAUAGAGAUUAGGGUGCCAUGUGGGAAACAUGUCCUUUUCAACACACGAUCAUGUUGUUUUCAUGAUUCAUAGUAAUUAAUCAUAUUUUGUUUUCUGUUUUCUGAGAUAAUGAUCGACGGAAAGUGAUUGUCUCAUUGAUAAUCAAAGUGAACAUAAGCAAAGUAUGAUUUUUAAAAUUCAAACCCUGAUUUAAUAGCAAUAUUUCAAAUCCAGGCGAA